CCUCUUAUCUAAUCAUAUUAUUAAUGAAAAAGUUUAUAGAAGUGGUGAAAAUUGUGUUGCUUAUUUCUGACGCAGAUAAUAAACAUAUUUCAUAUAAUUUAUAAUUAAUUUAAUUAUUUUAUUUUACGAAAGAGAGAGUAAUUGUUGUUUUAUUACAAUGAAUCCAACGGAACCGACAACUACUGAAACGCUAAGUUCGAAGAUGAAGGAUGUAAUAGAUGUAUUGGCAAUGCAACGAGAGAAAAGGAAUACGUUGCAGAAAAGUAUUACUAUCGAUUAUACUAAAGCUAAUGACAAUUUUGCAGUUUCAAGAUUCAUAUUUGAAUGUGGUUUGAAAUUAGAGGUUCAUUUUCUAACAAUUGCAACAGCGGCAACUUUAUAUCAUAGGUUUAUGAAAGAAGCUACCGCCCAAGGAUAUGAUAAUUAUUUAAUAGCAGCUACUUGCUUAUAUCUGGCAGGAAAAGCAAAAGAUGAUAAUUUAAAAAUAAGAGAUGUGAUGAAUGUAUCAUAUAGCACACUUCACAGAGGUUCACAACCACUGGAGUUAGGAGAACAGUAUUGGAGUAUGAGAGAUGCUAUUGUGCAAGCUGAACUUCUCAUCAUGCGUAUGUUGAAGUUUCAAGUAAGCCCAGUGCAUCCACACAAAUACAUGUUGCACUAUUUGAGAUCUUUGCAAGCUUGGUUUGGAGAAGAAGAAUGGUCAAAAUAUCCAGUAGCUAAAACCAGUAUGGCUCUAUUACAAGAUUUUCAUCAUUCUCCUGCUAUACUUGAUUAUCCACCACAUUUAAUAGCAAUAGCAUGUAUCAAUCUUGCUUUACAAAUUUAUGGUGUAGUUGUUCCAUUAAUGGAUGAAUGUGAUCAACAACCUUGGUUUAAUGUUUUCUGUAAAGAUUUGACAAGAGAUAAACUUUGGGAAAUAAUGGAAAAAGUCAUGGCUGCAUAUGAUGAAGAACCCGAAACAAGAGAUAAUUGAUAUCUUAAAGAGAUUUUUUAAUCCUUAAUAAUACCGCAUAAUGUGAAAAAUAACAAAUACAUAAUUUUUUCGACAUGUUGGUAAUAAAAAUAUAAUAAAUAUGUUUGUAUAAAAUAAAGUUAUGUCAAAGUAAAUAAAUUAAAAAUGCAUUUUCCAAAGCAUUACUUGAAAGAAA